ACCUCACCUCAGAUAUAGCACUUCCUCGUUCUCUUUCUUCACUUCCUCCCAAUCCCAACCCAACUGUGUAAAAUUAAAAGCGAUUCAUAAUCGAUUUAGGGUUUCGAUUUUGGAAUUUCGGAACAACAACCAAAAAAUGGGAGGUGGUGCAGCAGAUCACGGAAAUGGCGGCAAUGGAGAUUUCAGAUACAAGGUUUGGAGUAUGACCGGUGGCCCUCACUGUCGCCCUAAACACUGGAAACGCAACACCGCCAUCGCCAUGUUCGGCGUCUUCCUUGUCUGUAUCCCAAUCUUCAAACUUUCCGCUAAACUCGAGCAACGACCACAUCACCCGGUUCGCCCAAUCCCUUCCCAAAUGUGGUGCAAGAACUUCGGAACCAAAGACUACAAAGAAUAUGAAUAAUCGAGGACUAUCAAUUACAUCACUGGUGUGGGUGUUCUAAUCUUGUCAAACAAAAUUUCCUUGUUAUGAACAGCAUGAAAGAGUUUUGCUGCUGUUAAUGUUAUGCAAAACUUGGGUCUAGGAUCAUUGUAAUAGAAAUCCUUUUCUUUUUUGGCUACAUUUACUUUCAUUUGAAAACUUAAGAAAUUUUAAAUAAGCUGCUCAUGCUUGGGUUCUGUGGAGAGCUUGUUCAAACUGGCACUACUGUUUACUAUAUAGUAAUUGAUGCUUUUAUCGA